AUGAUGUCCGACGAGGGCGGCGGUAGCCAGCUACACACAGUAUCGUCGAUCGUUCGUCGCGAUUUCUCGCGCAUGCCGUUGAAGAUUGAUCACAAUAGUAGACCCUUGUGGAUAUCUCCUGAUGACGGCCAUAUUAUCUUGGAGGGCUUCAAUGCCUUGGCCGAACAGGCGCAAGACUUUCUUAUCGCCAUUGCAGAGCCCGUGAGCCGUCCCACUUUCGUGCAUGAAUACAAACUCACACCAUAUUCACUCUACGCUGCUGUUUCUGUUGGACUUGAACCUGAUGAUAUUAUUGAAGUGCUAAACCGUCUGUCCAAAGUACCUGUUCCCAAGUCUGUCCUGGAUUUUAUUCGGGAGUAUACCAUGAGUUUCGGCAAAAUUAAGCUUGUACUGAAACAAAACAGAUACUUCGUGGAAAGCUCGCACCCAGAAAUUCUACAAAUGCUUCUUCGAGACUCCGUCAUUGGCGAGGCUCGCGUUCGCCCGGGCGAGGGAGAGCGACAUUCUAAGUCUAUACCCGCAACGGCAGAUUCUCAACCUACUCAGGCUCCAGUGCCGCCUAAUCCCCAAGAACAAGGGGGUAUUGAACCACCUAGAGAAGAUACAGGAACAGAGCAGGACCUUUUUAGUGCUGUCAUUGGUGUAUAUGAUGCUGAUGAACUUGAUGAAGAUGACGCCGUGCACAGCUUUGAGAUUCGCGAAGAACAUAUCGAGACAGUGAAGCGACGAUGUAAUGAUCUUGGAUUUCCGAUGCUGGAAGAAUACGACUUUCGAAACGACCAACUGAACCCCGAUCUUGAUAUCGAUCUCAAACCUGUCACACAUAUUCGGCCAUACCAAGAAAAAAGCCUCGCUAAGAUGUUCGGCAACAGCCGUGCACGCAGCGGUAUUAUUGUGUUGCCAUGUGGCGCAGGGAAGACGUUAGUUGGAAUCACUGCAGCUUGCACCAUCAAGAAAAGCUGCCUUGUGUUGUGCACAAGCAGCGUCAGUGUUAUGCAAUGGCGCCAGCAGUUUUUACAAUGGAGCAAUGUACAAGAGUCACAAAUCAGUGUUUUCACGGCCGAUGAAAAGCAAAAGUUUUCUGGAGCUGCUGGUAUUGUCGUAUCUACAUAUUCCAUGGUUGCCAACACUGGCAAGCGCUCUCAUACGUCCCAAAAAAUGAUGAAUUUUUUGGAGAGUCGAGAAUGGGGUUUUAUUCUUCUUGACGAGGUCCAUGUCGUACCUGCGUCCAUGUUCCGUCGCGUGCUCACCAAAAUCAAAGCCCAUGCGAAGCUGGGCUUGACUGCAACUCUAGUUCGCGAGGACGAAAAAAUUGACGAACUCAAUUUCCUUGUGGGACCCAAACUUUACGAGGCUAACUGGAUGGAUCUCGCCGCUAAGGGUCAUAUCGCCACCGUGCAGUGUGCGGAAGUUUGGUGCCCAAUGACGGCUGAGUUUUAUCGCGAAUAUUUGCGUGAGAAGAGUCGCAAGAAAAUGCUUCUGUACUGCAUGAAUCCUACCAAAUUCCAGGCUGCUCAAUAUUUAAUUCAAUUUCAUGAGAAUCGUGGUGACAAGAUCAUCGUGUUCUCGGACAAUGUAUAUGCUCUCGAAGCCUACGCUAUUAAGCUAGGUAAGCCCUAUAUCCACGGUGGCACACCUCAAAUUGAACGUAUGCGCAUUUUGCAAAACUUCCAACACAAUCCCAUUGUGAAUACCAUCUUUUUGUCAAAGGUGGGCGAUACCUCGAUUGAUCUUCCUGAAGCCACCUGCUUGAUACAGAUUUCGUCCCAUUUUGGUUCGCGACGACAGGAGGCACAGCGUUUAGGACGUAUUCUCCGUGCAAAACGCCGAAAUGACGAGGGCUUUAAUGCAUUCUUUUACAGCCUGGUCAGCAAAGACACCGCCGAGAUGUAUUAUUCCACCAAGCGUCAACAGUUUCUAAUUGAUCAAGGAUACGCGUUCCGGGUUAUUAUGAAUCUUGUCGGUCAGGAGGAAAUGCCUGGUCUUGUUUAUUCAAGGAAGUCGGAACAAAUUGAGCUCUUACAGAGUGUACUAAUCGCUAGCGAAAGCGCUGCUGAAUUUGGUACUGAUGUCAAGGUCAAGGACAUUGGGUCAUCAUCUGGCUCUAAUGCGAAGCGAGUCAUGGGUAAUCUUAACGCUCUUAGUGGCGCGCAGCACAUGUCCUACGUGGAGCGCAAUCGCUCCAUGAACAAGACGUUGGCUAACGAUCAGCCACGGCACAAAGCCUUCCAGAAGCGCGCUGCACAGGCCAAGCGGAAGGUGUAG